GCCGGUUUCGUGUUCAAGGCUUAAUUUAUUUAUUUAUGUUGCUAAGAACAGCUUGGAAGAGAACGUUCAGCAAAAUGGUUGACGCCAAACUUGAAGCAGUAUCGUUAGUUGAUAUCGACGAAGGAAUCUUCAAGUACGUGUUAAUCAAAGUUUACGCUAAGGAGCAAGCGGAUGGCACAGAGCCAAGUAAACUGAUUGUCCGUGGAUUCAAUCGCGCCCAGUGGCACUCGGACAUUUACGAUGAGGUGAGCUCGUCCCUGAUGGGAUUGGGACUAGAAACGGAGUGUCUAGGUGGUGGUCGCAUUGAAAAUCGCCCGGAUUUAAAGCAGAUCAAGGUAUACGGGUAUUCUCAGGGCUACGGAAAGGCAGAUCAUCUUGAGACACGUCGUCUGCUUUUAACAAAGUUCAAGAAUUUCCAAAUCAACUGCUCCGAUGAAGGAUACUGAGGGAAAAAAGGCUGACAUCGAAUGGUAAAAAAUAAAUUAUUUAAAGAUUGGACA